AUGGUCUUAAAUUUUGACUACGAGGCCUAUUUUGAUGAAUUGAAGGCUACAAAACCACCAUAUAAAUGUCCUUUCAAAGAUUGUGAAAAGGUUUACAAAACAUAUUCAGGGAUGCAUUUUCAUGUUAUCAACACCCAUAAAAGCGGUUCUACAGGGGAUGGACGAUCUACAACAUCGGCCAGAUGGCAUCAUAGACAGUCAAAAAGUCCUAUGACUCCACCCAAGUCAGUGAGCUCAAUAGAAAAUGUUUCUUUAGAAGAUAUAAAUGAUAGAUAUCAACAAAGCGAUGGCGAACAACAUGAUCAUGGAAAAAUUAAAUGCAAAGUAAAAAUUAAUGACAAGUUGCAUAAAAUCAAGGAUUCAGAUAAACUUUUAGUAACUGUUUCUCAAAGAAGUGAUAGCUCAAUCAUGGACGCAACAACCAACUAUUCUUUAAAAAGUAGUGACAGAACUUAUGUUGAACAAGGCAGCCAUGUAGAGGAAUCCAUUCUCAAGGAAACUCCCAAGAAGCCAACUCCCACUCCUAGUUUCAGAUUAAUUAAAGAUUAUUAUGAUUCUCCUAUAAUUCACUCCAAAUUUCAAAUGCCAUUUAAAGAUUACAUUACUUUUAAAAGCCCACUGAAUGGAUCAGAAAAUGAAAAUACAGACUACUGCUUAGAUGAAGAAGAUAGAACAUGGUUGAAAAUGAAUGAAGCACACUGCAGAAUAGAUGAAACAAAAUUUGAAACUCUGAUAGAUAAAUUGGAAAAGGCUAGUUACUUUGUAACAAGAGGGGAAGCCAAGCUGCAACAGCACAACAAUAGCCUUAUGUCCAGUUCGUUGCAUGCAACUUGUAACAAGCCAGUUGAUGACAAUGCCUUAUGUAGUAUAUGUUACGAUGGUUCAUGUACUUCAAACAACACAAUUUUGUUUUGCGACAUGUGCGAUAUGGGUGUGCACCAGGAGUGUUAUGGAGUUCCAUACGUGCCUGAGGGUGUCUGGUUAUGUCGGAGAUGCCUGCACUCGCCAUCAAAAGAGCUGCAAUGCUGUCUAUGUCCCAGUCCAGGUGGAGUACUGAAACAAACAGUGGAUGGUCGGUGGGCUCACAUUCUAUGUGCAGCUUGGGUUCCUGAAGUCCACUUUGCAAAUCCUGUUUUUCUAGAACCUAUCGAUGGACUGGAUACGAUUCCACCCGCAAGAUGGCGUCUCAUGUGCUUUCUUUGCAGAAGGAGGCGUGUUGGUGCUUGCAUUCAGUGCCAUCGACCCAACUGUUACACUGCUUUUCAUGUUUCUUGUGCUCUCUAUGCAGGUCUCCAUCUCAAAAUGAGGUCAAGAUCUGGCUCCUCCACUUUUUCUGGUAUUUUUCUAUCUAAUCACUCAAUUGGUAAUGUGAAAAAAUCUGCAUACUGUGAUAUACAUAAGCCCAUGCUCAAGCUUGAUGGUCAUGAUAAUGAUGAGGAAGACGACAGUGAAGUUGAUGGUGUUGAUAUUGCUGAUAAUGAUGACGAGUAUGAACCUAUGAGUAAAGCUAAAACAGAAAUGGUGAUGAGAAAAAGAUCUGAAAUGACGAAAGCUGUUAUGCUGAAAAUGAAAAGGGUUGUUCAGGUUUUGUCGUAUCCUACAAUGCCAAACAGCUGGUGA